AUGUAUUUUCUGGUUUUUACCAUACUAAAUAUAUAUUUAAGGAUUUAUUUAUGCGGGAAUGUUUAUAUAAAAAAAAACAAUAUUAUUAAUAUUAAUUAUUUAAUGCAUAUAAGAAAUAGAAAAUUAAAUAUAAAAAAUAAUUUAUUUAGAAAAAAUAAUUACAAAAAAAAUAGUUGUUAUAUCCCUCAUAAGGAAAUAAUUAUAGGUACUCGUGAUUCUCCAUUAGCAUUAAAGCAAUCAGAAAAAGUAAAAAAAAAACUUUUAAAUUAUUUUAAAAAAAUUAAUAAAAAAGUGAAAAUUAUAUUAAAACCAAUAAAGACAACAGGUGAUAGAAUAUUAGAUAAAAGUGUAAGUUUAUUUGGUGGCAAAGGAAUAUUUACAAAAGAAUUAGAUGAACAAGUAAUAAAAAAUAAUGUUGAUAUAUGUGUUCAUUCUUUAAAAGAUGUUCCUAUGAUAUUACCAGAAAAUAUUUAUUUGUCAUGCUUUUUAAAAAGAGAUACUACUAAUGAUGUUUUUUUGUCAUUAAAAUAUAAAAGUUUGAGUGAUAUGAAUAAAUGGAAAUCUAAUAAUUCUUCAGAAAAUCAAGAGAGUAAUAGUAAAAAUGAAUUUCAAUUUAAAAAAGGCCAAGAGAAAGAUUCUUUAUGUACAGUUGCAACGUCGUCAUUAAGAAGAAGGAGCCAAAUAAAAUAUAUGUAUAAAAAUAUAGACUUAAAAUGUAUAAGAGGAAAUAUCAAUACAAGAUUAGUAAAGUUGUUUAAUGGACAUUGUGAUUCUAUAAUAAUUGCUAUGUGUGGUUUAGAAAGGCUAAUAAAAAAAAAGGCGAUUAUUGAUAUAGUGAAGAAUAAGAAAUGGAAUAUUCAUAAACCUUAUAUAAUUAGAUAUAAUAAUACAAAUAUUGAUUUAAGUAUUUUAAAUAUACAGAAAAUAAAUAAAAAAUCUAUUUAUCCUGCUUUAUGCCAAGGUAUUAUAGCAGUCACAUCAAAUAAAAAUAAUUCUGAAAUUUCUGAUAUAUUAAAAAAUAUAAAUGAUAAAAAAUCAGAAAUCAUGGCAAAAACAGAAAGAGCAUUUUUAUCUCAAAUUGAAGGGAAUUGCAUGAUGCCUAUUGGCGGAUAUACAAGAAUUGCAGAAAAUCAAAUUUUUCUUAAUGCAGUAAUUAAUGAUAUUCAUGGGCAUGAAAAAUUUCAAGUAAAAGAAAAAGGAAAUAUAAAUAAUUAUCAUGAUACUGCAACAAAUGCAGCAACAAAAAUAAAAAAAUUAAUAGGUGUUGAAAAGUUUUAUAAAAUAAAAGAGGAAGCAGCGUCCUAUUAUAAAUAA